UAUACGAAUACGAACAGUAGAAAACGUUACAUCAAAUCACGGGUUAAGAUUACACAAUGAUCAAUUUUAAAAUAUUACGUCUUACGCGAGUUGUUGGUCUUGGCCAUACACAAAUUCUCAGAGUACUUGAAAAAUAUUGCUCAUGUGACUUGCGCGUUAUGACCACUUCAUGUGACUUGCUUUGCUAUCCAACAUUUUUCUCCCGUAUGAUAAAAACAAAAAUUGAACCAUCAAAGUAUUGCAAAAUUAGUCUAAUGUUGCCACGUUUACCAAUCUCGUUGAAACCAAAAAACAAAAGACAUUACCUAUUCUGUACUUAAAUACAUUCAAGAUCUUGAGAAAGAUCCUUUAUUCUUUAACAAACAAAACAUGAAGAAAAAAAAGGUAUUGAGAAAAAGGACAAGAAAUCAGUUACUUGAAGACAAAAUUUAUAUAUCACACUUUCAACUGCCAAAGCAAGAGAAAAUUAAUAAAAUAGUAACAAGAAUUUCGAAUAAAACGAGUGAUUAAAUUAUUCCAAUUUUGGUAACCAAUAACAGGCUUACCAAGAAGAUCAUGUAAUCAUCAAAUACUAGAAUAAUUCAACAGUCAACGCAUGGGAUGCAUACACGUAGCAACAUGCUAAUCUUAUAGCAGCCUAUAUAUCCUUUUACCAGGGACUCAUGCACGUGUAUCUUCAGGUCACGAGUUUUACUAAUUUCAUACCUUGAACCUUACUAAUAUGCUCAUAGUUAAUUAAACCAGAAAUUCCCAGAUGUUGGUUUAUUCUCUCUAUAACAAUGAACACAAAACCGUAUCGAGCAUCAUAUUGUCUUUGCAACUAAUGGAUCUUUUGAAAAUUUGAGUUUAAGAUGACUAAAUAGAUUUUAAAAGAUUCAGUGACACCAUAGAUUUAACAUAAAUUACGGUGCUUGAUUUAAGGAACUAAACAUUAAUAAGAUUAUCUGAUGAUAAGGUUUACGUGGGAUAUAUACCUGUAAUUAUAUGGCAACUUUUCUUGACUCUUUCGCCAUUUUUAGUGAUACCUGAUAGAAAUGGAUUUUGGUUUUUAUUAAACCGAAGACCUUACCAAGACUGGUUAAGUAUCUGACCGGACCCAUACUCUGUUACAAACGAAAGCAAUCAGUUGUUUUCAGCAACUACGUACUGCACAAAGACCCUCAAGAUGAGUAAUACAAGAACGAACACUUGAAAACCAUUUAAUGAAACUUCGAAUUAAUGCUAGAGAACACUAUGUUGUUAGUAGCGACCAAAAGCUGUUCUAGGUAACACGCCUAUUCAAGAACAAAUUCAACGCCUAAUCGUAAGUAAAGAUGUUGAAGUUGUAUGAUGAUUUUGAAGAACAAAUCAAAGCCAAAUCACAAGUAAAGUGAUACGGUCAAUAGAACAAGCUGAUCAACCAAGUAAACCCCAUCAGCUUUAUUUAUUUAUUUGCUAAUAUCAUAAAAUAUAGCAAAUGAGGAGAACAUGCUUGAAGAGGAAGAGAGUUCCAAGGCCUUUUGUCUUCAUCUAACUGUUUAACUGCAUCAUAGAUUUAAAAUUCAUAUGCGUAAUAGUGCUUUCCUCUACUUAUAAAUAUGAGCCUCGCUUCACCAUUUCCUCUUCAUUCCAUAUCUAAACAAAUUCUUAUUCAAUAUUAAAGAUGAAUAAACUAACCUUGCAGUAUCUUUCCCUGAACUUUCUCCUCUUAAUCUCCUUAAUCUCUUCGAGAUUUGGGACUUGUGACGCUAGGCACAGUGUAUACUGGAAAGGAAAUCGCAGGUCUGUCGCCGAAGGGAAAAGUUCCCCAACAGUCAAUGUGCUUGACAAUGGCGCAAAAGGUGAUGGGACAAGUGAUGACACAAAGGCUUUCGAAGAUGCUUGGAGGGAAGCUUGUAAGGUGGCAGCGUCAACAUUAUUAGUUCCCUCUGGUUCUACGUUCCUUGUUGGACCUGUUUCCUUCCUGGGAAAAGAAUGCAAAGAGAACAUCGUGUUUCAGCUAGAUGGAAAGAUCAUAGCUCCAACGAGUUCAAGUGCAUGGGGUUCAGGUCUCUUGCAAUGGAUAGAAUUCAAAUCACUUACAGGAAUCACUAUAAAAGGAAAAGGAAUAAUUGAUGGACGAGGAUCAGUAUGGUGGAACAAGUCCCCUGACUAUGAUCCAGCUGAUGAGUCAGAGUCAACAACUGAGAGCGACAUGGUGAAAGAACAACUGGGUACAAAAAUGCCAAAGACUAAACCAACAGCUUUGAGGUUCUACGGAAGUAAUGGUGUAACAGUCAAUGGAAUAACCAUACAAAACAGCCCUCAAACCCACCUCAAGUUUGAUAAUUGCAUGAGCAUUCAAGUGUCUGAUUUUACAACUUCAUCCCCCGGAGAUUCCCCCAACACAGAUGGAAUCCACCUGCAAAACUCUCAAGAUGCCGUUAUUUACCGCAGCACGCUGGCUUGUGGAGAUGAUUGUAUAUCAAUUCAAACUGGAUGCUCUAAUAUCUACAUACAUGAUGUAGACUGUGGGCCUGGCCAUGGAAUUAGCAUCGGAGGACUGGGAAAAGACAAUACAAAAGCGUGUGUUUCAAACAUUACUGUCCGUGAUGUCACGAUGCAUGAAACUACGAAUGGAGUUAGGAUAAAAUCCUGGCAGGGAGGGUCAGGGUCUGUAAAACAAGUUAUGUUUUCAAAUAUUCAAGUCAGCGACGUAGCCAAUCCGAUAAUAAUAGAUCAAUACUAUUGCGAUGGUGGAGGAUGCCACAACGAAACUUCAGCAGUGGCUGUAUCAAACAUAAACUACAUAAACAUAAAAGGUACCUACACAAAGCAACCUAUACGCUUCGCCUGCAGUGAUAGCUUGCCAUGCACAGGAAUCUCACUGUCGACCAUAGAGCUUAAGCCAGCCACAGAAAAAGCUAGCUCACUUGAUCCUUUCUGCUGGGAAGCACACGGUGAACUGAAAACACAAACUCUACCACCAAUACAAUGUUUGAAAACAGAAAAGUCACCAGAAGCUAGUCAGUCUAAUAAUGAUGAUUGCUAAUACUGGAGCAAGAAAUUAAGUAAAAAUGUUAAGAUAGGCUAAACAUUAUAGAAUUAUACGAAUAAAGAAGGAUUGAUUCCUCUUGCUUUGUCUUAUACUAGUUUGUAUAAAUCAUUUGCAAAUGAAAUGUAACAUAUUGCAUGCAAGUGUAUUGCAUUCUGUUAUAGACUACUGGUAUUGAAUUGGUCAUAAGUCAAAACAAGAGGUCCCAACCCAUAGCUUAAGGAAGGAUUUUAUCUGUAAAGAAACAAUCUAACAAUUAUGACUUCAUGGACCAGUUAUGAUAGAACACAUCACAAGCAAUAUAAUUCUUUAUAGUCCAUACAUCUGAGGGAUGCAAAGUAAAUGUACCAAAUAAGAAGUAAACAAUGUAUCAAAAGUCUAAUUACCAAAAACUCCAACACAAGUAAACAACUAACACAUUUUACUUAUAACAAGGUAAACCACGACAUGGUUGUAAACGCAGUUUCAAAGCUCAAGCUAAUAGGCCAACAUU